UCUUAAUUUCCUGCUGCAGAACUCCGAUGCAGAAGACUCUGAUCCCAGUAUUUCUGAUUCUGAGCUAGAAGAGGAAGCUUUUGUGAUGGCUUGUUACCAUGAGAACCAAAAAUGUGUACUCAACUCUGACAAAAGCCCAAGCAAAUGGCAUGACCAUAGGACACACAGUUUCUCAGCCCAAAAAGAAGACACUGAAGAAUCAGCAGGAAAUGAAGAAGAGAGAAGAAGGGAACAGACCCCUAUAGAUUAUUUCAGACAGUAUUUGGACUGGGAUACAUGGGAAGAAAUUGUCACUUGCAACACGGGUUGGCCAGAUUUCCCCACCACAGUCACUGCCAAAGAGGUGGCUCAGUUUGUUGGCAUUCACAUUGCAAUGGGAACCUUGAAGUUCCCCGACAUGCGGCUGUACUGGCAGGACCUUACCCGAGUGCCCUUGAUUGCCGAUUCCAUGCCUGCCACCCGAUUCUUCCAGUUGGCUUGCAAGCUCAGGCUGGGACGCCGAAGUAGGGACUCUGAUACCCCUACCGAUGCAGACCUCGUGGGCACCAGUGGGAACAGAGACCGAUCUGAUGAAAACAGGCAAUCAUUAAGGGACAUUCAUGCAGAAAGACUUGCGUGCACAUCUGCAUUGGCUUUCCAUGCAGGUGUACCAGAGAUUAUUUGCAGUCUUAGCAAUUCCAACACACUUACUCAAACACUUACAUCCACAGGCCGACCUGACCACAGUGAAAACGGUAAGAAAGCCAGGAAUGGGAAAGCUUUAGAAUCGCUCGCCAUCACUCAGAUGCCUUCAGUGCAUCAUCCUGGCACAAUGAAAAUUGACCAUAUCCACCAAACACACAAUCAUACACAUAAUAUAACACGAGAAACCAGUCUCAGUGAUAUUGCUUUACAACACCAAAGUGAGACGGGCAGCUCAAGUUCCCAUCACGGAGCAACACAUAAAACAAAAACAACUGAGAACAUCCCCGAAAUCAAGAAAUCUAAUGGUGGCACUGACCCACUGUGGAGGGUAAGAGCAUUGCUUGAGAGAGUUCGAGCAGGCUGUCUGGCACUGAAUCGAGAAGGAAACUAUGGAAUUGAUGAAUACCCUAUUCAUUUGGGUCGGCCGAUAAGAAGGAUGUCCUUCAGCAACCGUCCUCCCACGUUAAACUGUGCUGUCCUUGUUGGGACUGGUGGUUUCAUUCUAGAUUUUAAUUUGAAUGUGGAUGACUCCAGAAAGGAGGAUAUGGUAGAGAAAAUGGUCCCCAGGAAUAAAGAGAAUGGGGAGGGAGCAGUAUUCCUCUGCAAAGAGGAGCUUGCUACCCCUGCUGUGGUGGAGCACCUUCUGUCAGCUGGUGUCAGAAGUGCAGCCAGGGUAGGAGAAGUAAGUGGAGGGAUGGGGAAUGAAUUUGUUAGUUCUGAUGGAAAGCUGACAUUAUUUCGAUGUGCACAGGGUUUUGUUCUCUCUACUUUAAGGAAAAGGCCGUCAUCAAAGUUGUCAGUUGUGGAGGAGUUUGAGAGAGCUCAGAAGGUAGUGCAACUGAACAGAGAACUCUUAAGUCUGUACUGCACCCCUCUGUCGGCUUCCUCCCCAACCUGCUGGCCGCAGUCUGUGCUCUGGCACCUCACUGACAUGGCUCUAGUGAACUCAUGGCUACAGUACAGAAUAGAUCACCAACAGCUGAAGGAGCCAAUGAAGCUUAUGACGUUUCGCUUAGAGGUGGCCAAAGCGUUAAUUCUGUCAAAUGCUUCUGACAGCCCCAGUUCAACACCUCCUCCCCCACCCACUCCACUCCCCAGUCAAGACUCUAUCUUGUCUCCUUCACCUACCCCUUAUCCAACAGCCCACACUCCAGAUGACAUUUUCCGGUAUGAUGGUCUUGGACACUGGCCGGAGCAGGUGUCCCAGGGUGAGGGGGGUAAGUGCAGGUUUGGAGGCUGCGACCAAACAUCCCGGGUCCGCUGCCUCAAAUGCUGUGUAUUUCUCUGCAUCUCGCAGAAUAACAACUGCUUCCUUAAAUUCCACAGCAAGGAGAAAGAUUGAAGUUUAACCUUGGAAGUGUCAUAUGUGCAAUUAGGCUGGUUUUAAAAUUAGGUGCCCUAAUGUUAUGUGUAGCUCUUUAUAUGUUAUGCUGUUAAAACCUACAUUAUUGAUGUACCUGCUACAACAUAAGUGAAUGGUCAAUUACAUUGUAUGUAUUCAUAAAUUAAUGUGACAUUCUGAUGGGUAUAAUGUAUUUUUCCUUUUUAUAAUAAAAUGUUUGGUUUUAAAAAGUU